UGAUCCUUCUAGGCAAUUCAUUCCUCCUAUUAAAUAUUCUAUACGUGUCUAGAGCCUUCUCUCAAGUAGAAUAAGAAAUCUGCAGGUUGUAUCUGGAGAUUUGAAUUUCUGGAUUUUUCUCUGUGUUUGAUUUGGUAUAGUGGAAAAGAAGGAAGAUGUUUGGGAGAGCACCUAAGAAGAGUGAUAACAGCCGCUACUAUGAGAUAUUGGGUGUUUCGAAGAACGCGUCCCAGGAUGAUUUGAAGAAGGCUUAUAAGAAGGCCGCUAUGAAGAACCAUCCUGAUAAGGGAGGCGAUCCGGAGAAGUUCAAGGAACUGGCCCAGGCUUAUGAAGUUUUGAGCGAUCCAGAGAAACGUGAGAUCUAUGAUACAUACGGUGAGGAUGCUCUUAAGGAAGGAAUGGGUGGUGGCGGUGGUGGCCAUAACCCUUUUGACAUUUUUGAGUCCUUCUUUGGUGGGAGUCCAUUUGGAGGUGGCAGUAGCCGAGGAAGGAGGCAGAGACGCGGAGAGGAUGUUGUUCAUCCAUUGAAGGUCUCUUUGGAGGAUCUAUAUCUUGGUACAGCUAAGAAGCUUUCUCUAUCCCGCAAUGUUAUAUGCUCAAAGUGCAAGGGAAAGGGAUCAAAAUCAGGAGCUUCAAUGAAGUGCCCUGGUUGUCAGGGCUCUGGUAUGAAGGUCUCAAUAAGGCAGCUUGGCCCAUCAAUGAUUCAGCAGAUGCAGCAUCCUUGCAAUGAAUGUAAGGGUACUGGUGAGUCAAUUAGUGAGAAGGAUAAAUGCGUGCAAUGCAAGGGUGAGAAAGUUGUUCCAGAGAAGAAGGUGUUGGAAGUCAUAGUGGAAAAGGGCAUGCGUCAUGGGCAGAAAAUUACAUUCCCUGGUGAAGCUGAUGAAGCGACUGAUACGAUCACUGGAGAUAUAGUUUUUGUCCUUCAGCAAAAGGAACAUCAAAAAUUCAAGAGAAAGGGGGAUGACCUUAUUGUUGAGCAAACUCUAUCCCUCACCGAAGCUCUUUGUGGGUAUCAGUUUGUAUUGACACACUUGGAUGGGAGACAGCUUCUCAUAAAAUCAAACAUUGGGGAAGUUGUCAAGCCUGAUUCAUACAAGGCAAUUAAUGAUGAGGGUAUGCCCAUGUACCAAAGGCCAUUCAUGAAGGGGAAGCUAUAUAUUCAUUUUACUGUGGAAUUUCCUGAUUCUUUGACUCCAGAUAAAGUUAAAGCACUAGAGGCAAUUUUGCCUCCAAGGCCAUUGAGUCAGCUGACGGAUAUGGACCUGGAUGAAUGUGAGGAGACCACCCUACGUGAUGUUAAUAUGGAGGAGGAAAUGAGAAGGAAGCAGCAGGGCCAUGCUCAUCAGGAUGCAUAUGAGGAGCAUGAGGAGAUGCCUAGCGGCGGACAAAGGGUUCAAUGCGCCCAGCAGUGAUAGAAUUGAAUCGAGUGUUGAAAUACAGGGCUAAUUUCUAAGUAAUUGUAACCCACUCGUGAAACACGUGAUAAUCAGAAAUUUUCAGGAAAUGAGUACAUGGCAUCUUUUUCUGGA